UUAGCCGUGGGCACUUCCCGUGAUCUCAGUGAAAAAAUGAACAAGUUCAGCGAAAGACUGUUUGCUGCGAUCGUGUUUAUAGUGCUGUGUGAAACUGGUUAUGUAAACGGCCUUAGUUGCUACGAGUGCACAUCUUCAGAUGGAAAUCAGUGCUUGGACAAAUUAAACAAAAAAAUCGUCAAACCAAUAGACUGCAACUUCUCUAUAUUCACACAGGGGAACACCAGAAAUGAGGAAUUCAUAUGUAUUUCCACGAAAGAGCAAAAUUCCACCGAAAGCAUCCACACCCGAAGAUGUGGACUCAAAUCGGAAGAAAGUAUCUGCGAAACGAUUAAAAAUGAAAGCAAGGGAUCGAAUCUGAAGAGUUGCGUUACUUGCCAGAAAGACCUUUGUAAUGCAUCUGUAACUAUUUAUAUUAAUUUAUUUUUGUUAGUUUUCGCCAUAGUUAGCUGUACGAAUUUAAUAAAAAUUGUUUUAUAGAAA